AUGGCUCGACCCCACAUUUAUCUCGUUCAGCUUACCUCUCAGAUUCAUCCCUACUUCCAACGCGAAAUAUCCCCACGGGAGAGAGAGCAACGCGCCGUGGCACGAACAAGGCUUCAUCAAGCCGUCGAAGAGGACCAGCAGAUUCCAUCAGGAUGGGACACCACAACAUCAGCGCUGUCCUUUCUUUGUUUUGUUGAAACUACCAUUGCCUUUGCCACGGUGCUGGCCCUGAUUGUGCUGCGCGGACACUACCUCUUCCACUGGCGCGUCGGCGCUUUCCCGCCGCACAAGCUGGCGGACUGGCGGGUGCGCGGACGCAAGGCGCUCAUCCUGCUCCUUGUGGGCUACGGCCUCUGGAACAUCGACCGCGAGUUGUGUGCCCAGCUGCGCUCGGUACGGGCCAAGAUGGGGCUCCCGUGGGCGUGGCUCUUGGAACUGCACGGGUGGUGGCACGUCCUGACGGCCAUCAGCGCCGACAUGGCCAUGAGCCUUGUGCGGGAUGUGCGGUCCGAGCUGUCCAGCAGCGACAAUGACCGGGGCGUCAAUGAAGACAAGAGCAAGUAG